AUGAAGGCCAACGUUAUCGCCGCUACCAUCCUUGCCGCCUUCUCGGCUGGCGCUUUCGCUCAGGACCAGGAGGCCGAGUUCCCCACUGGCUUCCCUACCGACCUCCCCUCCGGCUUCCCUACCCAGGUCCCCGGCGCCGCUAAGCCCUCCGGCGGCUUCGGCGGUGGCUUCCCCGGCUUCCCCUCCGGUGGCUUCCCCACUGGCUUCGGCGGUGCCCGCCCUACCCAGGUUCCCGGCGCUGCUCAGCCCUCCGGCGGCUUCGGCGGCAACUUCCCCGGCUUCGGUGGUCACUCUGGCUUCCUGACCCGCACCCGCGGCUCCUCCGAGGAGGCUGCUGGCUUCGGCGCCCAGGCUGUUGAGACCCCCUUCCCCACCGGCACCCAGUCCGGCGGCGCUCGCCCUACCGGCAAGGGUAAGGGCAAGGGCAAGGGCAAGAACCACGGCACCGGUGCUCUCCCCUCCGGUGUUCGCCCUACCCAGGUCCCCGGUGCUGCUCAGCCCUCCGGCGGCUUCGGCGGCAACUUCCCCGGCUUCGGUGGCGAUGCUCCCUCCGGCGCUCCCUCCGCUGAGCCCACCUCUGCUUAA